AUGGGUUCAUGGCUUUCCUCACUCUUUUUCCGCAAAGAGGCUCGUGUUGUGAUGAUUGGCCUCGAUAACGCCGGAAAGACAACUAUCAUGUACCAACUGAAGUUAAAAGAGAUGGUGAAGACCGUCCCAACAAUUGGUUUCAACCUGGAGCGCAUCAACAUCGGUCGGACCAUUUUUGAAAUCAGAGACUUGGGUGGCCAAAGCAAAAUCCGUACGUUAUGGCGCCAUUAUUACAAUGAAAUCGAUGCAGUUGUAUUUGUCGUCGAUUUGACCGAUUUUGAAAGACUACCUGAGGCACAAACCGAGUUUCAAAAAGUCACACAAAACAAAAACCUUGGAAAGACUGUGUUGUUGGUGUUGGGUAACAAGAUGGACGACACAAAAGCAAUAGACAAACGAUCACUUGAAAAUGUGCUUAACGUACAAAACGUAAAACAAAAAGUCGAGGUUCGACUCGUCUCUGCUCGAUUCAACAAGGGUAUUUACCCAGCGUUUGAGUGGCUUUCACAGAACCUUUGA